AAGAACGUACGCGCCGGUGUUCAUCGGUUAGCCUGUCAUGUGUCCAUGUUUGAAAGUGAAAUUUACAGUAAUUAAAAUAAUUUGACACUUGUCAGUUAUAAAGGUUAAUGGUCGCAAAAUAAACAAAUGUUUCCAGUAAGUCAGCUUUUCAAUGCGGGGAGGAUAAUCACCUUUAAAUGUGGGAAACUAACGCCGUCACAUCUAUGGUGGUUUUGCUCGUUUCCCUGUCACUCUGCUGCCGAAGUUGUGAGGAAAGGAGCCGCCAAAAAGCAGGUAAUCAAAAAACACACAAAAGAAAGAACUCCUUGUCAACAAGUACUGGAUGUCUUUGACCAGCAGUACAGUCAGGAUCUUGGAGACUUGUGGGCAUCUGCAAGAUCACUGCUCCUGGAUCCGCGAUCCUGGCAAUAUGGUGUCAUGCUCAACCGCUUUACAGCCGGGACAGAUGUUAGACAGAUUCUCCAGUCGCAGGGUUUUUCCAUGUUCCUGCCACCAACAGAAGUGUCCACGCGGCUCUCUGAUGCCUCUGAAAAGCAGACAGGGAAAGACUCUCUGAUGUCAACUCGUGGCAUCUCCACGUGUCCUCCUGUUGACUCCCAUCCCCAGUGUGACAGCACCUCUCAUGUGCUCAGUCAGGACCUUCAAUCAGAGCUGUUUCUCACUUCACCCCGUCCUUCACUGCAGUGUUACAUCCACCCAUACCCACUCAGAUUUCCCUCCCAGCCUCACAGGCCGGGCCAGCUGAAGCAGUACUACCUUCUGAAUGCUGCCUCUCUGCUCCCAGUGCUGGCUUUGCAAGUCAAAGAUGGGGAAAAGGUUUUGGAUCUUUGCUCUGCUCCUGGUGGCAAAGCCUUGGCCAUAAUGCAGUGUGCCACGCCAGACCUUCUCUGCUGUAAUGAACCGGAUCCUCACAGGCGGAACUGGCUGACAAAAACUCUGGAGUCUUUUCUGCCUCUUUCGCAGCACAACAAAGUGAUCGUGUCUGCUCAGGAUGGGCAGUGCUUUGGGCAGAGUGAAGCUGUAACAUAUGACAAGGUUUUAGUCGAUGCUCCGUGUUCCAAUGACAGGAGCUGGCUGUAUUCUAGCAGCAGCCAGCAGGGGGAGCAGAGACUGAAGGAAAGAGCCGGACUGCCUACUCUCCAGACUCGGCUGCUUAAGUCUGCACUGUCACUGGUGCGUCCAGGAGGCCUCGUGGUCUAUUCAACUUGCACAUUGUCCAACUCUGAGAACUAUGCUGUGGUCGAGACGGUGCUGAGAGACUGUCCUGAGGCUGAACCUGAAGACCUGUGGGAGGAGAUUGCCAUUCCUUAUUCUAAACACUUUGCUUUUGGCCCUCCUUACCCUGGUCAUGGACAGACGUCUCACCACAGACUCGGCAUCUUAGUUGUUCCUCAGCCUGGCAAGACCUGGGGACCCAUGUUUUUGUCUCGGAUUAGAAAGAGGACAUAGGAGUGAAAGACGAGGAAAGACGAGGAGGAUCAUCACGACCGUAGCUUUUCGUCUUGCACGCCGUGACUCGGUUAAUGAGGUGACAUUCAUUAAAAUUUAAAAUCACUUGACUUAAGUCAUCACUGAAUUUUUAAAUGUCCUAUCUGAACGGCCAUAACUGACGCCAUUAUCGGCUCGGUUGUUUGUAAAUAUCUCGGCGCCAUAACAGUAACUUCACCGCAAAUGUUUUCCCCGACUUGACGCUCAACGGCGGCGUAAGAGGGUUCCUGUCUGAGAGAUCAGUUUAAUAACCAUGAAAUGUGAGAGCAGUUUGUCAGUGUGUACCUGCUCUUCCCUCUGUGUCGUCUGUAGACUCUGAAACAACUGUAUUAAAGGUCCAGAGUGUAA